AUGGCCACUCGUCCACACCAACCCUCACAGGCAAGCCGCCCCAGUAUGGCCGUAACUCGUCCGCGAGAAGGCCGGGAGCGCAAGACCCUGCGGAGGUCAAGAUUCGGCUGCCGGAAUUGCAAGCUCAGAAAAAUCAAGUGCGAUGAAAGCAAACCGCAAUGCGAGAGAUGUAGGUCGUUCGGGGUAUUAUGCAACUUCAUGUCGAAUAUCCCUGACCUGCAGCCCAUCGCUGCGGAGGCAGGCAAGUCAUUGGCCGUGGAGGUUCGAGGAAAAGCAGACCUUCGCCCCCCGGUCACCAGCGCUGUCUGGACGUCGGACGGAUCCACAUUCUACCAAUUGAAUGCAAAGUGUCAGGAUCUCAUUACCCUGUAUCUUGGUCGGAGCCUCAUGGCCCCCACCAACCCGAUUGUGAGACAGGUGAAUCGCAGCCUCCUGAGCCUAGCCUUCUCCUACCCGUUUUUGAUGCAUGCCAGUCUGGCCGUGGCAUUUAUGUAUGACCGCCAUCUGAAUGGCCCGUCAGGCGAUCGUGGCAGCCUCGAAGAGUGCUAUCAUCGGGCGCAAAGCAUAGCUCUGCUCAACCAGCGGUUAAGGGACCCAAUUGAAGAGAAAGAUAAGGAUCCCAUCUGGGGGACGGCAGCCGCUCUAGGGAUCUUGACUUUCUCGUCCCCCGAUGCCCGCACGCCGGAAGAAUCGUGGCCGCUCAAGUCCUCGGGUCCCUCCGAUUUGGGCUGGUUGCGGAUGAGCAACGCCAAAAUGACCCUGUGGCGCAUCGUGAAUCCGCUCCGAUCCAACAGUCUUUUCCACGUCAUGGCGGCAACCUUUGCUGUCAUGCACUCACCCUUCCCCGAGAGCGGCAUAGACGGGAUCCCAAGCGAGUUGGCCGCCGUCUGUCUUCUCAACGAUUCGUCCACGGCGAUGAACAACCCGUAUUUCCAUGCCGCCCACGCAGUGUCCCAGAUCCUGCUCCUCCCGGAUAGCGAGGUCACGAUAGGUCAAAUCCAAGUCUUCAUUCGCUGUAUCCAUGGCGCGUUCGAAGAUUUGCUACAGAAAAGGGACCCAGUCGCACUUCUGCUCCUGUAUCUAUGGUACCGCAAAGCAGGUCGCAGUGUGUGGUGGGUCGAACUGAGAGCUAGAGUGGAGGGUCCUUCGAUUUGCUCGUACCUACAGCUAUAUCACCACGGCAAUGCUGCGGUACAUGCAUUCCUUCCUGGCGGUGCUCUCGCCGACCGAUGGUAUUAG